AUGCUUGCUGUGUACACUCCCCCGGGCCAGGUUCUUCGCCGAAGCGUCGCCGCACAGUCGGCAUUGGAUAGGUAUAAAGCUGCGAGGCGAAGACAGGACGAUCCUGGGCUCGUCGCCAUCGAGCAGGCACACGAAAAGCCCCUCGCCCUUCAAGCUGCCGACAUGUGCGCCGAGGCCACAGCAAGCGACUCUGUACCGACGCAGCGCGACCCGCCAGCUCUGGGUUCUCGAAUGGCUCCAGGCGUGGGGGGACGGGGAUCCUCUGCGACGUCCACCAGUGGCAGCGAUCCCGAGCUCGGCUGCUCUGUCAAUCUUUCUCGGGGCUCGACUGCGGCCGGCGACGCGACCGACUCGUCCACCUCGACCGCCUCACCGCCUCCAGAGGGCAGCAAGGACGUGCCGAGACGCAUCGUCAAGGCAUGCGACCAGUGUUACAAGCUCAAGCGGCGCUGCUUUUCCGAGAGCGACGACGCCACCUCGUGCUCGCGUUGCCUCCGCCUCAAGAAGAAGUGCACGUGGGACCAGGUGCCGUCGCGCGUGGCGCGGCCCAACGCGCGGGCGCCACCGCAGUCGACAUCUGCCCAAGGCGGCGGCGAAGCGGGCGCGCUGAGAUACGUGCCGCCCAAUCGUCGCAAGAGAGGGUUGCAGGCAUCGCUCGAGGCGCAGCAGAAGCGGCAGGCGGCGACGGUGACCAAGAAGCGCAAGAUCCAAGCUACAUCUCUCGCCGGCGCCGAUCAGAAGGCGAGCCGGGCGGCCAAGGGCGACGUCGCGAGCAAGGCGACAGAGGGCGGUGCGUUCGUCCAAGCGCCGAUGGCGACGGCAGCGCUGACCAGCGAGGAGCUGAAUCAGCGUCUCGCCGAGACCGUCUGGACGAGCGAGGGCGGAUGGAGCACCUACCGCUCUCCCUGUCCUCCCCCUCAUCUCUCAACGAGUCUCGACCUUUCGAGCCUACCUCCGCUUCCACCGCCACCGGCAUCGACAACGGCGUCCCCGUACGACUACAGCGCCGCCGCCAUUAUGCCGUCGUCUCAGCUCCCCCCGCUGACAUCGUGGCAAGAUCUGUACGGGACGCAGGUCGAUCCUCCCGCCCCGUCCGCAUCGUCGGUUGGUCCAGGUAAGGCCGGCGCGCCGUGGCCACCGACGCUGCUACCACCGCCACCACCGCCGCCGCCGCCGCCGUCGUCCUCUCUGCCGCCGAGCGGACCUGCUCCUCCGACACGGUCGUCCCAGGCGGUUCCGACGUAUUUCAACGCCUGCAGGAGCCUGGCGGCCGAGCAUGGUUUGAUACUCCUCUCGCUGCCCCUUGCCUCGCACCGAUCGCGGCCCACAAGCGGCGAAGGCAGUACCGUCGUCGUCGAUCCAAUGACACCGCCUCCUUCCACCACAUCUUCCACCGCAUCGUCGUCAUCGUCGCCAUCGACACCGGAUGGAGACGUUGCGGGCGCGGGUGCGGGGUACCUGCGCGCCAACGGAACGACGCUCUUCUACCCACCUCACCUCGUCCCGCCGCCUAUACGCCGACGGGCCGACGAAGAGUCGCUCGUCUCGGCCCUCCUCGAAGCUCUCGCCCCCGCACCAUCGUCUUGGUCGCGCAACGUCAUCACGUCCAGCGGCAGCGCAGAAGGUCCCUCAAGCGUCACUGAGACAGCGACGGCGACGGCGUCAGCGACAGCGACGUGUCUGCCUCGCUUCGACCCGCGUAGCAUGGCACUCCGGACAACUCUCGAGGAAGACGAAGUCGACUUCGCCGGGCCAAACCGACUUCGAGGAUCGCAGCCCGUCGUGGACGCAUCGACCUGCACGGCCGUCGUCGACAACCCCGGCGUCGGUUUCAAGAGGGAACCGCACGAUGACGUUGUCUCCCUCUGCCUCUCUCGUCCCCUCGUCACGGCGGCACAGACAGGGGCAGGGGCAGACGUCGACGAGUACGACCGUCAGAUCUGGCGCUCAGACGCCAUUGCCAGCGCCAUGGAUUGGCUUUGA